GCUCGACGCAGAGAAGUGUCAUGGCGUCGUGCAUUGUCGGCGUCUGUGAGUGAUAGGGUUAGCAUAAACUUCGUGUUGACUUUUAGACGGUGAAAUAUAUUAAAUAUUUUUAAAAAAAUAAGUCAAAAAGACGGCAUAGGAACAAUCAAUACAGGAUGGCGGACUCCGGUGACCAUAGUGGUCAACGGCCGCCAACUCCCGGAGCCAGCAGUAACGUAGGACUGGUGAUGGGCCGUCGACCGCCAGCUGGCAUCUCUCCUGGCCGUCUCCCCUCAAUGCGAUCUAGAGACCUCACCCUGGGAGGAGUAAAGAAGAAAACAUUUACACCCAACAUCAUUGGCCGAAAGGUUAAAGAAGAACCCAAAGCCGAAGGAGGGCAGAGGCGAGAGCGAAGGGACGCAGACCGCGGUCGGGGCCCGAGAGAGCGAGGCAGGGGCCGAGGUCGCUCAGAGGUCAUCCAGUCACACUCUAUUUUUGAGCAGGGGCCUGCAGAGAUGAUGAUGAAAAGAAAAGGUUCUUAUGAGAAUGAAAAAGAUGCUCCGAGCAUGGGGCCGUCCCCCAUCAUUAACAUUAAAAAGGAGAAGAAAGAGACAGAGGAGGAGACGAAAGAGAUUCUGCGCAAACUGGAACGAGACAACUUUAUAGAUGACCCCUUCCUGAGGAGUGAGCAGAAGAGCUGCCCUGUUCAACUCCCUCUUGCUGUGUCGGGAUGGGGAUUUAAGGAGGAAUUCAGCAACACCGCCCUUAAAGUUGAAAAGACUGAGGAGGACUUUGACCUCAUGGAAACUGCAGUGAAAGUGAAACAAGAGCCAGAGGAAGUAGAAAUAAAGAAGACUGAAGCAAGUUUCAGGCCUCCUCCGCUUCCCGAGCCUGAAGUUCUUCACGACCUGCUUCAUAGAUGGAGUCUGAGCAAAAAGGACGAGCUGCUCUUCAUUCAGCUGCCCGACUCGCUGCCUGGCCAGCCUCCCACCAGGGAGCACCGGCCAGUGAAAACAGAGGUGCAGUCAGAGGACGGGCAGUCUGUGCUUCUGAAGAAAGAGUCACAGGAAGAGGAAGCUGAAGACAACAGCUGCAGUCUGAAGGACCUACGGGAAGGCCUUGUGGGGAAGAUGCUGGUCCGGAGGUCUGGCCGGGUUCAGCUCGUACUGGGACAAGUCACACUUGAUGUGUCUCUGGGAACAUCCUGCUCCUUCCUCCAGGAGCUGGUCUCUGUUCAAACACAAGAAAAAACAGGCAACGUUACUGUUUUAGGAAACGUCAGACACAAGAUGGUCUGCUCCCCAGACUUUGAGGCUCUAUUGGAGAAAAGCCAUCACAGCUCAUGAUGGAGGCACUUGUUGACAAGAUGGACCAUCACU